AGAAAAGAAAGAGUGAUGAUGAUGUACAUGUAUAUUAUGAUGAUGCACAUGUAUGAGUUAAUAUCUCGACACUGAAGAUAGUUUGAAUUGAUAUCACCCAAGGCUGAAGGCCCAAGGGUAAUAAGUACUUGAGGUAGAGGCUGUAUCAGCGUAUUAUGUACAUGUACAUGUAUACGAUACCAGUACUAUUUCAUCUAUGAAUCUGAUUAAUGAGAUAUGUAUAGAUUAUACAACAACUGCUUUAUAACAACUUUGCUAUACAAUGGAACAAUUAAUUAAGUCACGCCACAACAAAGCAACUUCAACGUAAAGACAGACAAGAAGGAAGAAUGGCAUCAAGAUCACCAUUAAAUUUUGAUAGCUAUGGCUGGGAAGGGUUUCUCAGAGACAUGACUUCAAUAAAGACAAUAAAUGAAUCAGAGUCAUACCAGUGUGAGCCAGGAAUCUGUGUUUUUAUUAAUAACACAGAAUUUUAUGGUGACGGAUUAGACAAUCUUCCAAGUGGUGACAAGGAUGAAGCUAGUGUAAAGGUCACAUUUAAAAAACUUGGAUUUGAUGUCAAAGUCCAUCAGAAUCUAACAGCAGCAGAAAUAAAAUCUAUUGCAGAUAGAUACAGUAAAAUGGAGCACAAAGGAGCCUUCUUCCUCAUUAUAUCCAGUCAUGGAGGAGAAGGUGAUGUUGUCUAUGGCACUGAUGGAGAAGAGGUCAAGGUUCAUGAUUUGGAAAAGCGCUUCCAUGCUACAAAUUGUCCCUCUCUUGCUGGAAUACCUAAAGUAUUCAUGAUUGAUGCCUGUCGUGGGGAUAAAAAGGAAAAAGUUUUUUCAUUCCCAUCUAAAUCCCCACCUCCAAGUGCUAAUGCAAGUGCUACUAGUAAGAACAUAAGAGAUGCAGCUGAUAUCAUGACAAUAUUUGCAUCAACACGAGGUCAUACAGCCUCUUACUACGACAAAAAUGAAGGCAGCAUUUUGAUAAAAACAUUUGCAAUAGUUAUUGAAGAAGUUUCUGCUGAUAAAAAUCUAACCGACAUAAUAAAGAAAGUCCAAGGUAAAAUUGAAAAAUUAGUAAAUGUACCAGAAGAAGAAAGAAGAGUACAGACUAUACAAAUGGAAUUAUCUUUUUCUAAGCACUAUUAUAUCAAAAGACAACGCACGCCAUCAAAUGCAUUAGUUAGGCGAGAUGCUCAAACAGAAUUUGAGCUACAUAGAAAAUUUCAUCAACAGCUAACAUUUGGUGAUGCUGAGAGUUUAAGAGUAACCAGAGUGCAGAUGUACACAUACAAAUUCUAACUUGGAUAUUGUGUGCUAAUUUUUUCUUCUUUAUUAAACUAUCUUGCUAUUAAUAUGCUAUGUGUAGAGUGUUUUUUGAUAAUUAUUUAACAAAAUUCUGCAUUGUUAUGUGUA